GAUAAGAGUUGCGGUAGUGGAUUGGUUGCUUUGACAGAUGGAAUGCAUUGUUUACCGAGGUGCAAGGCAAUAUAGUCAAAUUGUUGAAAAUAUUUUUUAUUUUGGAAUUUUGUCGAGAUUCCUUUGAACGAAAAGGAUGAAUAGUGAGAUUUAGAUCGAUAUCAAGUGUGUGCGAAAAUGAUGUCUUCCGUGGCAGUAAUACUGAUAGUGGCAUUCGUGCUGUUGAAUCGCUACGAUGCAAUCAAUCAUUGGGGCAUUACACCAGAUGGAACGAUUCAGCCACAGGUUGAUUCGAUUUUCUACUUACGUCGACCAGAUGAUUUGGUAGCAUUUCUCAAUCAAUUCGACUACCGCCAAACAAUCAUUUCGAUAAAUGCACAAUUGCUGUCGCUACAAAUGGAAAUUACCGACAAAGUGCAACAGUCAACAUUCUUUCAAGUCGAAAUAAUGUCACACACCGAAUGUUUGAUUUACUAUUCGCUCAAAGAUGAGGAUAUGUACAGCACGCUCAAAGACCGAAAGUACUUCAAUCGUAUCAAUACAAAACGAAUGAUAACCAAAAGCAAUGACGUAAAACGCUCCAAUGAUGUGUAUCCAGUGUGUGAUGAUGUGCAAUUUAGUUUGUCGUGUUUCGAACACCUGCACAGUAUGCUAAAUCGACGGAGACUGCAAAUGAGUGCCGAAGUGCCAUUGCAUUUGGACGAAUUGGGCGUGCUGAAAGACAGUUUUGUAAAGAUGAUUAAGUUUGGAUUGCAACAGGAGCCACUGUCAUGGAAGUACCCGGUAUUAGCAUCAUAUUUCUGGCGGGCAAAAGGCAAUGCAAAACGUGCCGCCGAAUGUGCACGACGUGCCAUUUACUUGGCGCCACGCAAAUACUUGGAUAUUCCAUUACUAAGCCUUGCCACCAUUUUGCAACGGUCAAACAAAAGUCAAGACGCGUUGGUUGUAAUGCAAGGCGCCUACAACCAUGGGCCUGAUGUAUUCGAGAAUCAAAUCGGCCUUGGAAACGCAUUAUUUUUAACGUCCGACUUUUCUGGAGCUUCGAAAAUAUUCAAGAGUGCCGUUGCUCUAGACGCACAAUUCACCAAUCGAUUAGAAUUUAUACAAAAAUCAAUGUCAUGCUUCAAAACGAUUAAGCAAAAGCUGAAGGAAUUUCAACAUCAAGUGGACGAUAUUUUUGCACUGCUCGAUAAUUAUAAGCGGAAUCAAACGAAACUCGAGGAUUAUUUGAAUCGGGUGCUGAGCGAACAAGUUCCAAUCGCAAAACGUUUGGCCGAUCCAUCGUUUGACGUAUAUUCACAUCAUUUGCUGCAUCGCGGCCAGUACUGUAAAACCAAAGAAAUGCCCGACUCCAAGGAGCCAAUUUUAUUUUGUGAUUUUUACACUGACUUGCAGUCACAACUGCCCAAAGAAGAUUUAAUUGUGGAUAUUGUUCAUCAUUUUGCCGAGGCAGCGCCGAAAUUUAUUGAUAAUUUCAGUUUAGGCGUCUAUCGGUAUUUGAAUAUUGAAGAUUUCAACGAUAAUGACAAUGGAAAAACCCCGCAUUCGGAUACAAAAAAAGAUAAAGUAUCCACGACAACGCAACGCACAGCCACAACCGCCACCAUAGACUCCAAUCAAAGCCCACUGAAUAAUUUUGAUAUGAAACAAUAUGAAGUCUUAUGACAAAAGAUUUUAGCACGAUAAGCUGGAUACAUUACCUCAGUUUUUUUUAGCUGCCAUAUUCACUUAUCGUACGUAAAAAUGACAACAACAAAAAAAGAAAAAGAGUAUUUAGGUUUAGUCUCGCAAAGAGAUUAUUUUAUUGUCUCAAGUGUAUUUAAUAAUAGUAUUUGAUUGAUUAGUGUCUAAAAUUAAGAGUAUUUAAAUAAAGAAACAGAAAAUAAAACGACAACGGAAAUUGUACAUAGAAA